CAACACUCUAUGUAAAAGAAGAUCUAUUUACAAAGGUACCGAUAUGCGCAUCUCGCGCAGCCCAGAUCAUCGCGAACCGAGCUAGUUUUAGUGUAUCCAGGUCAAAGGUACUAUAUAUAUAUUUUUUUGUAACAAAACAUGUUGAUGCAGACAUGAGCUUUUAGUUAGACUAAGUUAAAUUUAGCCAUUUAUCAGUACUCCGAGAUCAUGCCAAAAGACGUAUCUUCAUCAAGUGAUGAGGCAAGUGACACGGAGGAGGUUCCGCAAAAACGGAGAAAGCAGGCUUCAAGGUAUCAGUGUCCAGCUGAUUUUGUGGCAUUUGCCCACAAACCCUGUGCCAGUACCCUCAUCGAAAGGCUUCGUGAUGACAACACAGAAUUAUGGCUAAUCAAAGCUCCCAGCGGUUUCAACCCGGACAGUUUCAGCAGUCUGAAGAUGCCUCUGUCUGGGCUGCAGACCAUGCAGGCCCCUGCCCAGCAGGCGCGUGGCAGUGGUGGGAAUGCCGGGCAGAUCUACAGCGUGCUGGGUGGGCCCUCUGGUGCCGCGGACCUCCACCUCCUCACCAGCCACCGCCAGAGGCUCGACUCGGUGGUCUGUGCCCCGGCCUUCAGCGGCCUCCUCAACAUCUGUGAGGGUUACGGCGACUGCAGCACCAACCAGACCCCCAUAGCCAUCCCAGCCACCCCGGCCCCCACCGUGCCCCCGGGGCUCUGCCAGCGCUUCCAGCCUUUCGGAAGCAGGACCCCCACCCUCUCCAGACUGAUGGCGGAUACUCCGCUGCCGUCUUCACCAGAGACGCCUCUCAGGGUCACACUGGACCCGGGGGAAGAGAGGAAGAGCAAGAAGAAAAAGAAGAGGAAAGACAAACUUAUAAAGACUGAGGAGGAGGAGGAGGAGGUGGUCAGGGUGAAGCAGGAGCUGCUAGACAUGAGCCCAGAGGAGUCCUAUGAACUUCCUUGGCAGGAAGCUGAACUCUCAGAGGAGAAGAAGAGGAAGAAGAAGAAGAAAAAGAAAGAUAAGGACAGAGGAGAGGCAGGGGGUACUGUAGAUUCGUCUUUUAAUGUAAUUAAACAAGAGGUGGAAGUAAAAGUUGAACCAAUGGACUGUUCCUAUGGUGACGUUGAAGAUUCUGGAAAAAAGAAAAAGAUGAAGAAAAACUAGCAUGACGAUGACGAGUCUGUUGUUUUUACCGUCAUCUGGUUUUGUGAAGUUAUGCUUUGAUAUAAUUGUAUUAUUCAAUUAAGCACUUCAACAAAUAAUUGUUAUGCUACUGUACUGUCAUUUAGAUUUUUUGGGGAAAUGUUAUUGUCUAAUAAAACCUAGCCAGUAACAUA